AUGAAGCUGAUCAAACGUCGAGACAGGCGUCCCCAAGCCACAGCUGCGACUCCAUGCCACUUGCUUGCACUACCAGCGGAGAUACGCUUGCUCAUAUACAGCCACAUGGCACCCGAUGGCUUCCUACCAAACGCGCCCUACAAGACAUACAUCGGGCUCAUGCUCUCCUGCCCCCAGAUCUACAACGAGAUGACCUCCGAAGCCGUCCGCUUGGCCCCUUCCAUCCUACGCACGAUCCAGUUCUCCGUCAACGCAACGCCAAUGAAGCUACAACCGCUCCGGCCGACGAGCUUCGCCUCGCUGAUGCACCUCACGAUCGGAAUACCGCGCUGGGCAAUGCUCGAUCGGCCUACUAUGAUGGGCAUUCUGCAAGCCAUGGCACCAGUACUAGAGCUCCACCUAGCCAGACUGACCAUCGGGCUAGAAGACCUAGAAGACGAAGAAGAUGUCUUGCAGAUGGUCGAGACACUGAAUCCGGCACAAAUCGCGCGCUACAUGAGCCAACAAUGA